GUUAUGAAAAAUUUGUUAAUAGUUGGUUAGAAAACUUUAAAUAAUAUAAUUAUGGACAAUGGUUAAGUUUCGUGAUGCAGCCGCUGCUUACAAAUUCUUGAACGGAGUGAUUUGUGUCUACAAACCGCCAUGUGUGCCCGUGAAACAAGUCCAACACACCAUCAUAACCAAUCUGUGUAGAGAUUUAAAUGCCCUGCCAGGCCGUCCCAUCGAGCAGAGAGUAGAGAUCGUUGGAGCCACCAAUGAGCCAAUGCUUGUAAAGAUGGUCCCUAACUAUGCGGAUGACCCAUUAGCCUGCGGCCCGAGAUACACUCAUGACGACUUCAGGUGCUCCUGGGCGACGCAUUUAGGGCUGUUCAGCAGUGGAGUUCUGUUGCUCGGCAUCAACGACGGCACCCGUCUCACGUACAAGCUGCACACCGCCCGGCUGACCCGAGGCUUCAAGGUCCACGGCCAGCUCGGCAAGGCCACGGACACCCACUUCUGGAACGGACGGACGGUCGAACGCUCCACCCAUGGUCAUGUCACCCGCGACAAGAUAGACAGGGUGGUAGCGCACAUGCAAAGCGCGCAUCAGGGGACUAUUUAUGAGAUGACAGGCCUCCACCGCGACUCCCAGACCCUGUACGACUUGGCCUCGCAGGGCCCCAUCAGGCCUAGCGACAACAAGCUCCCAGUGUUAUACGGCAUUAAAUGUGUGCAUUUCAAACCACCUGACUUUACUUUAGAAAUCCAGUCUGUAAACGAGUACGACAAGUACUUCUGGACGCUGGUACACGACCUGGGGGUCCAACUAAAGACUUCUGCGCAUUGCACGGGCGUGCAAUGCAUUAGGCAAGGCAAGUUCGAUUUGUCGAGCGCGUUGCUCCGCAAACAUUGGACGCUAGAACACAUUGCCAGCAACAUGGACGAGUGCAGACAACUCUUGGAAGCGUCCGUAGGCCUCGCCGCGCCGGAAUCCGCUAGACUCACGGGGUAACCUUCGGCCUCGAGAAUAAUUUAGAGAUAAUGUACAUAUUUGAUAAACUUUAAGUAGACUAU